UGUGUGAAUAACUGGCCAAAUGUUUUGUUGGCUGGGAAGACUGGCAUUUUUACUUUGCAUAUGUUUCGUAGGCAGAGGGUCACUAUUCUGUCUCAAGUCUGCAAACAGACGAUUGCAAAGGCAAGUGACUCAUACUCUGGAAGCACAGUAAAAGUUCACAGAUGCCACUACUCAUACAUUUAUAUCCUGUGCCCUUUGAGGGCAGUAACUGUGGAGAACUGUCAUAAUUCCACAAUCGUUCUUGGCGUGGCAAAAACAGCUGUGAACAUUAUUGGUUGCUGUAAUUGUACGUUUUUUGCCGUCUGUGAGAGAAUCUCUUUCAGUGGUUGUAGUGACUGUACUUUUAACCUUUGCACGCCAACCAGACCUGUGAUUCUUCCGGGCAAUGAGAAGCUAGUGCUCGCGCCAUACCACACUUACUACCCCACCCUGGAAGAACAUUUACAAGGCCCCUGGGGGAUACCCAUAGAACCGAACUUGUGGAAUGAUCCUCUUGUACUUGCGCCAGACCGAGCUGAAGGCCCGUCAACUGUUUAUCGUGAACUACCACCUCAAGACUUCUUCACAUUUACGAUUCCAUUCUCCAUGAGAGGAUCAACAGAUGGACCACCCAUUCCACUCCCAAAAAAGUAUGAAAAGGCGUUGAAAGAAAGAGAAAAAGCUAUCAACAACUGGUACCAAGUGGUGAAAACAUCGUCGCUGUCGAAGCAGCAAAGAAGACAGCUCCAGAAAGAUGUACAAGAUAGAUUUCAGGAAUGGCUGGCAGACAGUGGUCACGCGACGCAGUUGAAUGGUCUUGUACCUGCACACUCAGGAAAGUCUUAAAAGGAAGAAGCAGAAAAUCUCAAUUGCUAUAGUCACUAUGAAGUGAAAGAUACAGUGCAGCAACAUGCAAAGAAAGAUAAAGAA